UCAUCGUCUGACGUCAUUAGCUCCUGGAUGGGUGACCACCCGGGUUAUUAGGAAUGUACGAACUAAAGUCCGAUAAAAAAGACCCCCGAAAAAAAGUCCGGUUUAGUUUACUGUUAAUUUGUUGGCGACUUUAUUAAGUUGAGUAAUACUAUUAUCUUUUAACAUUAUCCAUUAUAGGUAUCUAAUCUUUAUUACCUUUAUGUUAUAAUUAUCUUCACUUACCCUGGUUAUUUUACCAAAUGCUCAGUCGAUGUUUUGUAUCAUAAACGCUGUAACCAUGACCGCUGACAUUUCUAUUCCAAAAUUAACGAAACAACACAAUCUUGCAAGCGAUAAGAAUAUAUUGGAAGUAGAACAAUAUUAAAAUGUAACAUAAAAAAAUCUUGCUAAAUUAUCAUACGAUAAACCAAGUAAGAUUAAAAUCUCCGUCACAAUACCAAGUAGGUACUUUCCUCUGCUAAAAUACGAAAUCAUUCAUCCACAAAACAUCGAUUGAACAUUUGUUAAAAAAGUUUUGUUCAAAGGUCUAAAAUGUCCAGCAAAAUGUCUUCGAUAAAAUUUGAGCAACAAAAUAUACUAACUAAUACAUACAUUAAAGAAGAACAUAUUGAUGAAUCAGUAGAAUGUAAUGACAGCUAUGGUUGUGAAUUCAAUUAUCAAUGGUCAGUGCAAGAUUCUAAAUAUAUUACAGAAAAUGUCAAAACACAAAUAAAAACUGAAGUGGAUAUUAUUGAUGAUGUUAUAUAUGAAAGUUUUUUUAUGAGAGAGAACUACAAUUACGAUCCAUCAAUCUUUAUGUCUCCUAUGUCUACAACAUAUGAGACAAAAAGCAAUCCAAAUAUUAAUGCCUUUGCUUUAAAUUUAAUAUCUCGUGCACACAAGAAGGUAUUGUGUAAAAAAAAACAAUUCUCUUCUCAAAACAAAGAAAAAUCUGAUAAAGAAUAUAAAUGUGGUAUUUGUAAUAAAUCAUUUUCACUUAAAGGUAACUUAAAAACUCACAUUUGGAUUCAUAUGAAAGAAAAGCCUUACAAAUGUUUUAUUUGCAAUAAAUCUUAUUCUCAAGCAUCAACUUUAAUUACUCACAAAAUAAUCCAUAGUUCUGAUAAACCAUUUAAUUGUGAUAUAUGCAAAAAGUCGUUUGCACAGAAAGUAAAUAUGAAGACUCACAUGAUGUUCCAUAUAGGUGACAAAUCUAAUAAAAAAAUUUAUAAUAAAACAAUUUCACAAAAAGAAUAUCUUAUGAAAACACUUACUGUUGAAGAUCCAUACAAAUCAAUCAACAGUAAUGAAUUAUUAUCUCAAGGAACAACAUUAAAUACACGAAAAAUUAUUAAAAGUUCUGCCAUACCAUUCAAAUGUAAUUUUUGUAGUAAAUCAUUUUCAAACAAAGGAAAUUUAAAAACUCACAUAAGAACUCAUACGAAGGAAAAACCAUAUGAAUGCAAUAUUUGUAGAAGAACAUUUUCUCAAUCAUCAAAUUUAAAAAUACACCAAAAUACUCAUAAAGUUCAUUAAUUAUUUAAUUGUGCUCUCUGCAAACAAUCUUUUGUGCCAAAUGUGCUUAUUAUUAAGUCACCUAAAAAUUCAUAAAAUAUAAAUUAGUAUAAAUGAGAACAGAAAAAGUAGAAUACUUUUCUCUUUAUCUUCCAUAUAACACAGCAAAACCUCUACUAGCUAGCUAGGAAAAUAGUGCAAAAUUCUAAACAGUGGAUGUUGCUUUGAGAACAAACCACAAACUGAACAUAACAGGGAACAAAAUUUCAGUUCACAAAUGUCCGCUAUUUCGAGGUUUCACAGCAUAUAUUUGUAUAUUUAUCCUAUGUAUUAUAUAUAGGUAAUUAGGUAUAA